AUGCAGCCCAAUACUACCAAGGUUGUGAGCUCCUGCAUCCUGGCAUUAGUGGCACUCGGCGGGUCGAUCUUGUCCAGGUACACGGCCGAGCUGUCAACAAAGCUGGUGCGAGUUUGUAAUGCAGGUGCAGGUGGGGUGCUUCUUGCGGUCGUCCUGGUGCACAUGCUCGCUGAAAAUUCCGAGGAACUGGGAGAGACCGGCGAGGCGUUCUACCGGUGCUUCAGGCCUUCAGCGGAAGGUGAAUCCUUUCCCCUUGGCUUCGCGCUCCUGGGUCUGGGCUUCCUUGCGAGCUUGAGUAUGGAAGUCUUCGUGCCGGAUGCAGCUGACGCGAAGGAGAGCUAUAGCGCGUCAGAAGACGACUACGACUCGGAUUCAGACUCCUCGGAAAAAGGCGUACACAUCAAAGUCGACCAUGGCCAGUCUUUCAGCGGCGCGCUGUCUGCGCUGUUCGGCCUUUGCCUUCACUCACUGGUGGAAGGGACAGCUGCAGGCUCCCAGGAGUCCGGCGCAGACUUUGACUCCACAUUUGUCGCCAUCAUUGCCCACAAAGGCUUCGCAACCUUCUCUGCUGGCUCGCUGAUGCUCGGCGCAGUCUCCAAUCCGGUGUGGUGGGCACUGAUGGUACUUCUGGCAUUGAUGACCCCUGCCGGCGUCGUGCUGGGAAUGACGCUAGAGCAGAGCUUGGAAGGUCCUGUAGCCUGUGGGCUCAUCUGCUUUACUUCUGGAUGUCUAUUGCGCCUGCGCUAA